AUGUCCAUGGAAGAUAAUGACGACCAUGUGAAGGAACAGGCCAUCUCCAUGGAAGAUAAUGACGACCACGUGGAGGAACAGGCCACCUCCAUGGAAGAUAAUGACGCCCACGUGAAGGAGCAGGCCACCUCCAUGGAAGAUAAUGACGACCACGUGAAGGAACAGGCCACCUCCAUGGAAGAUAAUGACGACCAUGUGAAGGAACAGGCCACCUCCAUGGAAGAUAAUGACGACCACGUGAAGGAACAGGCCACCUCCAUGGAAGAUAAUGACGACCACGUGAAGGAACAGGCCAUCUCCAUGGAAGAUAAUGACGACCAUGUGAAGGAACAGGCCACCUCCAUGGAAGAUAAUGACGACCACGUGAAGGAACAGGCCACCUCCAUGGAAGAUAAUGACGACCACGUGAAGGAACAGGCCACCUCCAUGGAAGAUAAUGACGACCACGUGAAGGAGCAGGCCACCUCCAUGGAAGAUAAUGACGACCAUGUGAAGGAACAGGCCAUCUCCAUGGAAGAUAAUGACGACCACGUGAAGGAACAGGCCACCUCCAUGGAAGAUAAUGACGACCACGUGAAGGAACAGGCCACCUCCAUGGAAGAUAAUGACGACCACGUGAAGGAACAGGCCACCUCCAUGGAAGAUAAUGACGACCACGUGAAGGAACAGGCCACCUCCAUGGAAGAUAACGACGACCACGUGAAGGAACAGGCCAUCUCCAUGGAAGAUAAUGACGACCACGUGAAGGAACAGGCCACCUCCAUGGAAGAUAAUGACGACCAUGUGAAGGAACAGGCCACCUCCAUGGAAGAUAAUGACGACCACGUGAAGGAACAGGCCACCUCCAUGGAAGAUAAUGACGACCACGUGAAGGAACAGGCCACCUCCAUUGAAGAUAAUGACGACCACGUGAAGGAACAGGCCACCUCCGUGGAAGAUAACGACGACCACGUGAAGGAACAGGCCACCUCCAUGGAAGAUAAUGACGACCAUGUGAAGGAACAGGCCACCUCCAUGGAAGAUAAUGACGACCACGUGAAGGAACAGGCCACCUCCAUGGAAGAUAAUGACGACCACGUGAAGGAACAGGCCACCUCCAUGGAAGAUAAUGACGACCACGUGAAGGAACAGGCCAUGUCCAUGGAAGAUAAUGACGACCACGUGAAGGAACAGGCCACCUCCAUGGAAGAUAAUAACGACCACGUGAAGGAACAGGCCACCUCCGUGGAAGAUAACGACGACCACGUGAAGGAACAGGCCACCUCCAUGGAAGAUAAUGACGACCACGUGAAGGAACAGGCCACCUCCAUGGAAGAUAAUGACGACCACGUGAAGGAACAGGCCACCUCCAUGGAAGAUAAUAACGACCACGUGAAGGAACAGGCCAUCUCCAUGGAAGAUAAUGACGACCACGUGAAGGAACAGGCCACCUCCAUGGAAGAUAAUGACGACCAUGUGAAGGAACAGACCAUCUCCAUGAAAGAUAAUGACGACCAUGUGAAGGAACAGGCCACCUCCAUGGAAGAUAAUGACGACCAUGUGAAGGAACAGGCCAUCUCCAUGAAAGAUAAUGACGACCAUGUGAAGGAGCAGGCCACCUCCAUGGAAGAUAAUGACGACCAUGUGAAGGAACAGGCCAUCUCCAUGGAAGAUAAUGACGACCAUGUGAAGGAACAGGCCACCUCCAUGGAAGAUAAUGACGACCAUGUGAAGGAACAGGCCAUCUCCAUGAAAGAUAAUGACGACCAUGUGAAGGAACAGGCCAUCUCCAUGGAAAAUAAUGACGACCACGUGAAAGAACAGGCCAUGUCCAUGGAAGACGAGCUCGUUCCAGUUGACGGAAUCCAUGACACUGAUGAGGACUAUCUACAAAUAAUCACGAUAUCCUCUACUGAGCUCGUUCAUGUUGAGGAAGCUACUCCUCGCUCUCCCCAUCCUUCCCCCCCGGCGUAA